AUGAAAGCUUGUGCAAUAGCCAACGCGAAUGAACACGAAGAAUUUUCCUGGGAGGAUGUAGAAAUAGAAGAUAAAAACAUAGAUUCAGCAUCAAUAUUCGAGCAGGAAUCAGAAUCAACCGAAGAAAGUACAUAUUUAAUUGAAAAUGGUACUGGUCAAACUUUAACGUCUUGUGAGACAUUUUUAAGCGUAAAAGAGGAAAGCAAAUUAGAUUAUCUCGGUGUUUGUUAUGCUCAUUUCAUAUUCGAUCAAUCACAUAUUAAAAGAUAUGAACUAUCGAAAAAGGUUGGAUUUAUCAUCGCCGUUGUUUAUUUUACAAUAAGUGUUUUUUAG